AUGCCGGUCGGCACGAAAAUUAGUUUUUCCGACGGCAGCUCGUCGGACGCGAGAAAGUUUAGCGACGAUUCGUCGAGAAAGAAUCUGUCAGAUUUGAUCGAAGUUGAGGAGGACGAAGUGAGUAGCAGUCUGCCGGACAGACGCCGCGCUCAACGCAAAGCCUCCACUAGUAGCAGGUCGAGUGUGACUUCGAUGGACGCGUUGUGGGAGAAACACCCUCGACGGCUCAGCGAGGCCGGCCUCAGGCGGUCUUCAGAUCACAGCGUCGUCCUGACAGAAGACACCGACAGCUUCAUUAUCGGGGAGCGAGUGUGGGUUGGAGGGACGAAACCAGGUCAAAUCGCUUAUAUCGGCGAAACACAGUUCGCUCCUGGCGAUUGGGCGGGGAUCGUACUCGACGAUCCAAUCGGAAAGAACGACGGAUCGGUUGCCGGCGUUCGUUACUUUCAGUGUCCGGAGAAACGCGGUGUAUUCUCCCGUCUCACACGCCUGACUCGCGAACCGUUGGUUUUCCACGCCCCGCACGAUGCGUCACCGGUGUCGGAUGCGGGCAGCGUCUUCGAACGACCUCCGUCAGGUUCAGCCCGACAGAGACGCGCUCUAUCACCCAAUGGAAGUAUUCGCAGCGCUGUCAGCAGUAGAAUGAAUGCUUCAAUAUCCACCACUACCGGUGGUGAUCUUCGAAUGGGUGAUCGCGUCAUUGUGUCUAGCAGCCGCGGCAGCAAGGCCGGUACACUGAGAUAUGUAGGCGUUACCGAUUUCGCAUCAGGCGUAUGGGCCGGUGUAGAACUCGACGAUCCCAUAGGAAAGAACGACGGUUCCGUGGAAGGGAAAAGAUACUUUGAGUGCGCUCCCCGUUUCGGUCUGUUUGCCCCCAUAUCCAAGGUCUCUCGGUCUCCAUCUAACCGCAAGCCAGGAGCUUGCGCCAUCCACAGCAACGGGCGGGCCACGCCGCUGCGACGGUCCAACUCUCGCGAUUCGCUCACAUCCCUCGGCACAUCGAUCGCGUCCUCCCGCGCAGGGGUGAGACUGGGGGUGACGUCGCUGGGUUCUCAGCGUGUCGGUCCACCGCGAGCUUCAUCCACCCCGGUCUCGGCUAAGAACGCCCUGCAGGAACUGCUCCGAGAGAAACAGCAUCACCUCGAAAGACUCAUGCAAGAGAGGGAACUGGAGAGGGCGGAGAUAGUAAAAAUAACACUUCAGGCUGAUCGCGCAAAAACUGCGCUUGCGCAAGUUCAGAAGGAAGCGUCCGAGGCGAGCACAGAGAACGCCAAGCUUAAGGCUGAAUUAGAAAAAAUAAACAAGCUAUUCGAUGAUGAGAAGCAAAAAGUUGAAGAUCUCAUGUUCAGAAAUGAAGAAGAAAACAUCAACAAAGAGGAUUAUAACCGUUACAAAGAAGCGAUGGAGCGUGAAAAAAUGGAACGCGAAAAGUACAUUCGUGAGUUGGAAGCUGAAGUCGCUUUGCAAUCAGGAAGAGCUGAAACGACAUCCAGCGCCCUCCAAGCCCUGGAAGACCAGCGAAACGCUGAAAUGGCUGCUAUUAUUGAACAGCAUAAGGAAGAGUUGGCUGCUGCACAAACGUUAUCAUCAGAACUACAGAAGCUGUUGGACGAAGCGUAUGCUCUUCUGAAAGAAAAAGAAAAUGAGAAAGAUUCCAUGGGUAAGAGUAUGUCCGACGAACUAAGCAAAGUCAAAAUGGAAUCGGAGAAAGCAUUAACGGAAGCAAAAACUAAAAUGGCAAUUGCCCAAACAGAAUUUGAAACUCAACUCUCUGUGCUAACGGCUAAGCUGCAGCUCGUUGAAUCGAAGCUAGAAAGUGAAAAACAAAAUGUUGAGAGAUUAAAUAAAGAGAAUAGUCAAGUGAUUGCGGAUUUAAAUUCAAAGCUUACUCAACUCCAAGCCACAGUGGACGAUAAGACAUUGGAACUAAAUAAAGUACUUGGGACAAGCAAAGAACACGAAGUUAACCUAAACAAAGAAAUCAGUAAAUUGAAAAUGGAACUUAGUGCCAAAAUUUUAGAUAUAGAACAAUUGCAAGAUUCUAAAACAAAACAAGACGUGCAAUGCAAGACGCUGCAAGAAGAGAUAACGAGGAUAAAAGACGAGUUGUCCCAAAAAAUAACAGAAUACGAAAGCGUUUUGAAUGAAGCGUCACAACAAGAUGAGAAAAAUAAGACAGAAAUAAUAAAGCUAAAACAAGACCUAAGUACCAAAACCAGGGACUAUGAGAAAUUGUUAUCUGAAACUCAGAAAGCAAACACGUCUAAUGAAAAGGUCAUACAUGAUUAUAAACAAACAAUUCAUGAACGCGAUAAGGAGAUAGUUAAAUUAAAAGACGAAUUUGAAGAAACAACCGCUAAUUUCAAUAUAAAACAUACUAAGAUAGCAGAGGAACACAAAAAAGAAAUUGAAGACCGCAAUACAAGAAUAGAGCAGUUGAUAAAAGAAAUAGAAAAUCACAAGCAGUUGUUGGACAAAAAUAAAGUAGAACUAGAAACUUUAACGACGCAAUUCACAAUAAACACAGACGAAUUGAACGUCCUAAAAGAGGAAAAUGUUAAACUUAAACAAACAAUUAAUGAGUUGACAGAAACGAAUAACACUCUAAAAGCGCAAAUCGCCUCAAUGGAACUUGAGAUUGGAGAAUUGAAUCGGCAAUUGGAAAGCACGAAAGAAAAAUGUAAUGAGUUGUUGCAGACAAAAGAAAAGAUAGAAAGUGAAUACAUGAACCUUACUGGCCAAACUACAGAUUCAAAUGAGCAAUUUAACAAACUUACACAACACUUAAAAACUACGGAAAAAGAGCUUCAGGACCUUAAAGAUAAGCAAAGAGAGGUAGCUAAUAAUUAUGGUAGAAUAGAACAAGAAUUAAAACAGAAAAUAUUUAAGAUACAAGAAGACUUUUCUGAAGAACGAACUCAACUAUUACGAUCUAUUGAUGAAGGAGUUGAGAAAUACCAAAGUGCAGAACAAAAAGUUAAGGAUUCUGAGGUUCAUUUUGUGGAAUUAAAUAAUCGCAUUAAGGAUGUAGAAUCUGCCUAUGACAAGUUAUUAGACGAAAACUCGAUAUUGAAGCAAGAAAUAGAAGCUCUAAAAAUAAAAGAACAAGAUUUGACUCUCGAUUUUGAAGCCGCUCGAAAAAAGCUUGAAGUAGACAUCGACAAAUAUAAAGAAGAAGUGUCGCUAUUGAGGGCGGAAGGUGCUUCAUCGGAAGUAAAACUGAUAGAAAAGGUAGAUCAGUUAACAGAAGCCCAAAAUGAGUUAAACAACAAACUAGAAGAAGCUAGAAAAAAUGAAGACUCUUUACAGAAAAUAUUAGAUGACAUGACUUCCCAAUUAAACAACCAAAAAACGCAUCACGAAAAAGAGAAAAAUCAAAUUUUAAGUGACCUAGCCCAUGUAAACAAUCAAGCAGAAAUGAGAACGAAGGAAGAAUCACAGCUAAGGCAAUCGUUAGAUGAUAAAGAAAAAAUUAUAAAAGACCUAAACCUUCAGUUGGAAAUGCUUCAGGUCGAUGUAAAAUCUAAUGAAGAACUCGUUGUAGAAAAAGAUCGUCAAAUGAACCAAAUCAAUGCAGAACUUGUAAAAGUAUCCGAAAAUAAAAUUAAGUUAGAUGAACAACUCAAUAGAAUACAAACGGAUUUAGCUACAGCCAAUCAGAAAUAUGAGAACCUUCUGAAAAAUUCAUCAUCUGAAGAAUCUUUGCUGAAGGAGCAGUUAGGACAAUUAGAAACAUUAAAAUCAGAAAUGGCGACGAUCGUCACUGAUAAGAACAAUGUAGAGACAAAAUAUACUGAAGUAGUUACAGAAAUUAACAAAGUAAGGAAGGAUUUAGAAGAUGUAGUUGCCAAAUUGAAACAAAGCACUGAAGAAAAUACUGAUUAUAAAAAACUAAUCGAUGAAAAGGACGCUUUAAUAAAAUCGCACAGCGAAAGAAUUGACAAAGACAAUAACAAAUUACUACUUGUUCAAGAAGAAGUAACGCUACUUAAAAAUGAGGUUAAUAUUAAAGGCGAAGAAUUAAAGAUAACACAGGAAGAAUUAAAUAAAUUAAACCAGAAAAUACAAGGUGAGACAACUGAUACUAAACAAAUGAUGGAGUCAUUAGAACGUGAAUCUGUUGAGAUUAAAAGAAAACAUCUUGCUGAAAUAGAAUCUCUAAGUAAUACUAUUAAGACACUCCAGACCAAUUUGAGAGAGCACGAAAACCGAUCCGAAGAACUAAUAUCCACUAAGGAAAAAAUAAAUGACCUUCAAAUAUUACUUACAAAGUCAGAAAGUGAUAUAAAGCAAUUGACAAACAUUAACGAAGCCCAGAAAGCAAAUUACCAAGACCUUAACAAACAAUUACAGUCUCAACUUGACGAAUAUAAAAGGAAAAGUAAAAUUACAAGACACGAGCUUAAAGCUAAAAUUAGCGAUUAUGAAAAGGAGUUACAAGAUUCCAAGAAGAUUAUAACACAACAGUUAGAGAUGCAAAAUGAAUUGCAAGUUAAACUUAAUGACGCGGAAAAGGCUGUAUUAGAAUUAAGGGAGAAAUUAGAACUUGUCUCCGUCCAACAAACUAAUGAAGGUGAAAAGGAUGGUAGAUUGGAAAAAUUAACACUGGAACUUCAAGCUACAAGAAAUUCUAAUAGUGAAGCUCUAAAGAGCAUGGAGAAGUCACUGCAGAAUAUGAAGUCCGAUGUUGAAAAGAAGGCAGCUUUAGUUAAGGAGAAAGAUAGUCUUAUUAUUAGGUUAGAGGAUGAUCUCAAGAAUUUCAAAGCGAAACUUGAAAUCGCGCAAAGAGAAAAGGUUCUCCUGCAGAAAGAGAUGUCGACGAAGAGUAACGAAAUUCGAGAUAAAAACGACAAUAAUUCGAUGGGCACUUUGGGGCAAGGGGACUCUGCACCCGAAAGGUCGGAAGAUAAGGAGACGGAGAUAGACGGUCAGGUGAAUUUCUUGAAUUCAGUAAUAGUGGACAUGCAAAGGAAGAACGAACAACUUCUAGCGCGAGUCCAGGUUUUAGAAGGAGGCGCGUUGGCAAACGAACCUCCUCUCUUUAACGGACGCAAAGCACGAGCGGUGGCUCCGCGGUUGUUCUGCGACAUUUGCGACGUGUUCGACGGCCAUGACACAGAGGACUGUCCCAAGCAGGCGCUGGUGACUGACGAGCCUGUCCCCAAUCCGGGACGGAAGCAGCCUCCGCCUCCGAGGGCCUACUGCGAUAUUUGUGAAGUGUUCGGCCACUCUACAGAGAACUGUGAUGAAGAAACCUUCUAG